AUACACCGGGCGCACGCAGGAAAAGGGGCGUGACCGGUCGCAAAGGUUUUGAGUCUACCCGGCGAUGAUUGCUGAGGACAGCAGCAUUCGGCAGUUCCAUCUCAUCCUCUCCACCCCCAAUUCGAUUCGAUCCGAACGAUCCCUCCGCUGCGAAUCGAGCUGAGGGUUUGGAUUCGGGGGAGAAGAGGGAUGGAUCAGGUGCUGAACAAGGUGGGGAGCUACUGGUUCAGCAAGAGGGCAAGCAAGGAGAUCGACUCCAUCGGCGACGACAUCAGCUCAAUCUCAACCAGCAUCGGAGAGGGAGCCAAAUGGAUGGUGAACAAACUCAAAGGGAAGAUGCAGAAAGCACUGCCAGACCUCCUCAAGGAAUAUGACAUGCCAGCAGGCCUAUUUCCACGGGAUGCGACUAACUAUGAGUUCAACGAAGAGACAAAGAAGCUGACAGUGUAUAUCCCAUCAGCUUGUGACGUCGGGUACAAGGACUCGUCAGUUCUGCGGUUCUUCACCUGUGUGACCGGCUACCUCGAGAAGGGAAAGUUUUCUGAUAUUGAGGGCUUGAGGACCAAAGUGCUGGUAUGGACCAAGGUAACCACCAUCAAGACCGAGGGCUCAAAGGUCCAUUUCACUGCUGGCAUGAAGAAAACCCGGAGCCGUGAUGCCUACGAGGUCGUCAGAGAUGGUAUCACCAUAGAUAAGUUCUAGAGCAUUACCUGGCAUGAGAAUGUGAUGUAACUAAUCAGAUGAUGCAUUUUCCCCCUCUGUUGGAUGCUAUGAUGCUAUAAAGUCUAGUGUGCUACUUCUGUCUAUUCAAUCAAUGUCAUUUUCUACAAGUUGGAUGUCA